UUGUAAUCCCUUUUCUCUUCUCAGACACCUACACCUGGGUUGGUAAGGAGUACAGAGGGAUUAAACACUUUACUGGGGGACAAUACAAGGACUUAACAGCAGCCAUGGUGGAUGCAGCUGCAGCAGAGCAGUUCCUGGAUGCCAACCCAGCAUUCGCAAAACAGUACUAUGACAUGAAUCUGAAGCCCCAAAUAAUCUCAGAUCUGCUAGACAGCAACCGGCAGCCUGUGUUGGACAUCAAAACCUACCAUGAUCUGACCAUGGUGGAUGAGAGUGAGAUUCUUUUUGACCUGGUACGGGACAUACAGGACAACUUGCAGACUGAGCGUUCGAUCUUCAAGCUCAUGAAGCACCUCAGCUUCAUCAUGAGGGCGGACCGUAUGAGCCUCUUCCUGUACCGGCAGAGGAACGGCGUGGCUGAGCUCGCCACAAGAUUAUUCAACGUCCAUAAAAAUGCAAUAUAUGAUGAAUGCCUGGUGCAACCUGAAAGUGAAAUUGUAUACCCGCUAGAUAUGGGCAUAGUGGGUCAUGUGGCCACGAGCAAGAAGAUGGUGAACAUUCCAGACGUGACACAGAGUCCACAUUUCAGUAAUUUUGUUGAUGAACUGACUGAGUAUGAGACCAAAAAUGUCCUCGCCAUCCCCAUUAUGAAUGGUAAAGAUAUGGUGGCGGUCAUGAUGGCGGUCAAUAAAUUGGACGGACCGUGCUUCACUGCCAAGGAUGAGGAGACUCUAAACAAAUAUCUUAACUUUGCUAACCUGGUGCUGAGAGUUUACCACCUGAGCUACUUGCACAACUGCGAGACGAGGAGGGGUCAGGUACUGCUGUGGUCAGCCAGCAAGGUAUUUGAGGAGCUGACAGACAUAGAGAGGCAGUUCCACAAGGCCUUGUACACAGUGAGAGCUUUCCUGAACUGUGACCGCUACUCUGUUGGUCUGCUGGACAUGACCAAGACUAAGGAGUUCUUUGACUUGUGGCCGGUACUGAUGGGAGAAGUUCCACCAUACGAUGGACCCAAAACUCCCGAUGGCAGGGAAAUUAUCUUCUACAAAGUGAUCGACUAUAUCCUCCAUGGGAAAGAAGACAUUAAAGUCAUUCCGAAUCCUCCAGAUGACCACUGGGCUCUUGUCAGUGGUUUACCUACUUAUGUUGCAGAAACUGGGCUGAUUUGCAACAUCAUGAAUGCUGCUCAGGAUGAGUUUUUUAAUUUCCAGACGGAGCCGCUGGACGAGUCUGGCUGGACCAUUAAGAACGUCCUGUCCAUGCCAAUUGUCAACAAGAAAGAAGAGAUAGUGGGCGUGGCCACGUUCUAUAACAGGAAGGAUGGGAAACCCUUUGAUGAAAUGGAUGAAACGCUGAUGGAGUCUCUGACCCAGUUCCUGGGCUGGUCUGUGCUGAACACUGACACAUACGACAAGAUGAACAAGCUGGAGAACAGGAAGGACAUCUUCCAGGACAUGGUGCUGUACCAUGUCAAGUGUCGCAAGGACGAAAUCCAGAACAUACUGGACACCAGAGCGAGAUGGGGAAAAGAGCCAGAUGAGUGUGAGGAGGAGGAACUUCAGGAGAUUCUGUCUGAAGUUCUGCCAAACUCUAAGAAAGCUGAGAUCUUCGAGUUUCACUUCUGUGACUUUGAUCACAGUGAGCUGGAUCUGGUGAAAUGUGGCAUUAAGAUGUACUAUGAGCUGAAAGUGGUGGACAAGUUUCACAUUCCCAGAGAGGCUUUGGUGAGAUUUAUGUACUCUCUCAGUAAAGGCUACAGGAAGAUCACCUAUCACAACUGGAGACACGGAUUCAACGUUGGACAGACCAUGUUCACUUUGCUGAUGACAGGUGAUCUGAAGCGUUACUACACAGACCUGGAGUGCAUGGCAAUGGUGACUGCUGGAUUCUGUCACGAUAUCGACCACAGAGGAACCAACAACCUGUACCAGAUGAAGUCGGGUAAUCCUCUGGCCAAACUUCACGGCUCCUCCAUCCUGGAGAGACACCAUCUGGAGUUUGGCAAGACUUUGUUGAGAGAUGAGGCAUUAAACAUUUAUCAGAAUCUGAACCGCCGCCAGCAUGACAUCGUCAUCCACCUCAUGGACAUCGCAAUUAUUGCCACAGACCUUGCUCUUUAUUUCAAAAAGAGAACGAUGUUCCAGAAGAUCGUUGACCAGUCAAAAACCUACGAGAACUGGAACGACUGGACCAAAUACAUGAUGCUUGAGACUACGCGCAAAGAGAUUGUCAUGGCCAUGAUGAUGACUGCCUGUGAUCUUUCUGCAAUUGCCAAACCUUGGGAGAUCCAGAGCAAGGUGGCGCUGUCUGUGGCUGCAGAGUUCUGGGAGCAGGGAGAUUUGGAGAGGACCGUCUUGGAACAGCAACCUAUUCCUAUGAUGGACCGAAAUAAAGCGGACGACCUUCCAAAGCUGCAGUGUGGUUUCAUCGACUUUGUUUGCGCAUUUGUAUACAAGGAGUUCAGCCGUUUCCACGUGGAGAUCACCCCCAUGCUGGACCGUCUCAUGAACAACAGGAAGGAGUGGAACGCCCUCAAGGAGCAGCACGAGGCCAAACUGGCAGCCAUCGAGGCCGCUAAGCAGGCCAAAGAGGAGGCAGCUCAGAGCGCUGCAGCAGCUAAGCAAGCAGCAAGUGCAUCCCAGUCAAAGACUUGUAUUCUAAGCUAGGAAGUCUGCUGUCACCCCAGCUCACUCACUGUAUGUUUGUAGUGUAUAGCUUGAGGUCUUUCUAAACUCACUCUGAAAACCAAGUUAUCUUCCUGAAAAGUCAUUUUAGCUUUCUAACUUAUUUACAUCUUAAAUCAACUUUUUACUUUUUCUCUUCUGCUCUUUCUCUGCACUGC